GGCCAGCAGUAGUCUACAAAGGGCCCACAUUAAGCCCACCUCGCAAUUAUCCUGAACCGGCAUUGACACAUCAGUAAGGCAUAGGAACAAGCAGGCAGGGGCAGAAUGGCGAGCAUGCGGAGAGCAGCUUCGGAACAGGCCCGGAACCCGCUCACGACAGAGGAAGCCCAUGAUAGAGUCCGUGCUUCGGUCACUCGCUGUUACGAUGAAGGGGUUUGCCCGGAUGAUCUCCACGUAGGAGAAGUGGUGGAAGACGCCAAGGGCAAGCGUUUUGUAGUUAAUGAAAUGGUGAAUGAAGUAAAAGAGCAAUUUUUAAAGGAGAGGACAAUCAUAGUCAUCUUCCAGGGGGAGGCCAGGAACCUGGCGAGAUCUGUUAAGGAAGAUUUAAUGCGAGCAUUUGAAGAUGGAUGGACAGUCCGACGGCUGUUUCACCCAGAAGCCAGAAGGGGGAGAGUCAAAUUUGAGGGACCUAAUGUCGCCUCCUACGUAGCCAAGGCGAAGGAGAUAGCCGAUUGGCUGCUACAGCAAGGGGAAAUGAAGAUCAAGCUGGAGCAGAAGGAUUACCUGAUGCUGUUCAAACCGAGACUUUCCAAACAAGAGCUACAAGAUGCACACAUCCAGGAAGUUGAGACCAAGUUCUGGAUCACAGCAUUAAGAGUACCGUUGGAAGCAUAUUACUACCUGAAGAGCGCUGUCAGGGGGGUGUUUGGAGAAGUUAUCGCAGAGCACAGCCCAGAGUACGAUCGAGAUAGACCCAAGCUGAUGAAUGUUAAGUUCGUCAUGGCACCGGAGUCACGACCUCGUGUUGAUGACGAGUUGGUGAUUCAGUCCCCACAGGGGGAACGCUGGACGGUGGAAAUAGUAUCACCUUACACCGACUGGUGCCGUCGGUGUAAAUGGUACUAUCACACAGAGAACAACUGUCCUCGCCGUCAGAGAGAAGAAGGUCGGAGACCCAACGGGGAGAGACAAGGGGGACAUAGGGCUUGGUACCGGGAAUUUAUUUUGAACCAGCGAAGGACGGAAGACCCUGCAAGUGAAGAAGCGAGAGUAAGAGGCGGGGACGGCCAGGCACAGAGGCCUUCGGCUCAGCCUGCACCCAUGCAACGCCAGGAGCAUUCACACCACCAAGAGAGCUGCUUGCAGUCUAAUCAGGGAGCAGCAGCUCCAAGCUUUCAUCACCAUGAACCGAACGUAUCGUUUCAAGGAGGCUACUCAAGAGACCCGGUGCACGACCUGCAUGGAGAUCCCCAGCAGUGCCUACAAGGAAUCGGGCCGAACGGUGCUGGCUUUCAGGAAAUGGCGGUACAAGGACCGCCUCAGAGAUGGGGAACAAAACAAGGGUGGGACGGAGACAAUGGCAGAGCAGCGGGCCUAUCACUAAUCCCACCAUGGCAGCCCAGGGAGGACUGGCCAGGUGGGAACGGGGCCUUGCUACACGUGGGGAAUGAAGAAUGGGUUUUUAUGACUGUCUUAGAAGAGUUAACUCAAACUGUCAAGACCAUGGCCAAGGGAAAAUCCCCAGGGGUGGACGGACUGACAAUGGAGUUCUAUGUUGCGAACUGGGUGAUCUUCGGGCCCCACCUUGUGGAGCUGUACAAUCAGAUUCUGGUGGGAGGCAGGCUAGGGAAAGGUAUGACGCAGGGGGUGAUAGCACUACUGUUCAAGAAGGGGGACAAGACGGACAUCCGGAACUGGCGCCCCAUUUCCCUCAACGUGUCAUACAAAAUCCUUGCGAAGGCUUUGGCUCACCGACUAGCAAAGUACUUGCCCAAGCUAGUGGAAGGGGACCAGGGGACGUUUGUACAAGGGAGAUCGAUCUUCAACAACAUAGUGAUAGCGAUCGAGACCCUGGAAGUGGUGCAAGAAAAAAACCUCGACAUGGCCAUCCUCCUACUUGACCUGGAGAAGGCAUACGACAAGGUCGGUUGGACCUUCGUCUUCACCACAUUGAGGAGAAUGGGGUUUGGAGAAGGCUUCUGCGCCUGGAUAAAAGCCAUGUAUACCUUUUCAACCUCAGCGGUGAUGGUCAAUGGCCACAUGUCGGAAUCUUUCGCGCUCUCAAGGUCACUGCGUCAAGGCUGUCCACUAGCCCCCCUUAUCUUCGUGCUGCAACUCGAAGUCCUGCUGAACAAAAUUCGCAAACAUCCGGACAUCAGGGGUUUACAACUGCACAAUGGUGAAGUCUGCAAAGUGAAGGCGCUAGCGGACGACAUCUUUGCGAUAAGUGAAAACUCUGUCUCCUCGCUGUCAGCGCUCAAGUCGGUUAUGAGGGAUUACUCCACCCUGUCCGAGGCAACGGUGAACUGGAACAAGUCCACCUAUCUGCUGCCAGCACAAUUCACCUUGGAAGUAGAAUGGGGGAUGCGGAGGGUGGAGCGAGGGGAGGAGGAGAGAUUUUUAGGUGUGCUGAUUAGCCUGCAAAUAGAGGAAUCUUCCCAAGGGCUAUUGCUACAGCAACAGGAGGGGGAGACAGAGGUGGAGGUUUCUGCCAUUGUGUGUGACAACGGCUCGGGCAUGGUCAAGGCUGGAUUUGCUGGUGAGGAGGCCCCUCGUGUUGUUUUCCCAAGCGUUGUCGUCCAAUCUAAAGAUGGUACAGAAGAAAGUUUUAGGGUUGGUAUGGAUCUGAAGAGCAUAUUUGCCGAAUCCAGCGAUGAAGCUCAGUCCGAGCAGGGGGGUAUUGAACUUCAGUACCCUAUUAAGAAUGGGAUUGUAACUGAUUUUGAUCUGAUGGAGAAGAUUUGGCGUCACACUUUCUACGACGAAUUGCACGUUGAGCCACAAGACCAUCCAGUGCUAUUGACGGAGUCACCGCUUAAUCCGAGAGCCCAUCGCGAGAAGAUGAUAGAGAUCAUGUUUGAGACCUUCAGUGUUCCUGCGGCGUACAUGUCGAUCCAGGCCGUCCUGUCCCUGUACUCGACGUGUCGUAUGACGGGCAUUGUGGUCGACUGCGGCGAUGGUGUCACACACACGGCCCCCAUCUUUGAGGGUUAUUCUCUGCCUCAUGCGGUCCUUCGUCUCAAUAUCGGAGGCCGUGACUUGACCGAUUACAUGCGGACCAUGCUUGCUGAUAGAGGCUAUUCCUUCAACAGCCGGCUGGAGUUCGAAAUUGCCCGUGCCAUCAAGGAAAAGCUUUGCUAUGUUGCCCUUGAUUUUCAGCGGGAGCAAGACCCCGCCGAGGAAAAGCUUGGCCAAAGCCAUCGUGGCGAAUCCUCCUCGGCGGAGAAAACCUACGAACUUCCAGAUGGCAACGUCGUUUCCAUCGGAAGCGAACGAUUCCGAUGCCCCGAAGCCCUCUUCAAUCCUAGUUUGAUUGGGAUGGAAUGCCCCGGUAUCCACAAAACCACCUUCACCUCCAUCACGAAGUGCGACGUGGACAUCAAGAGGGUGAUGUACGAAAAUGUUCUGCUCACCGGCGGAUCCACAAUGUUCCCCGGCAUGCUAGAACGUAUCAGCAAGGAGCUCACGUCGAUGCUUCCUAGUACCAGUACCAUCAAGGAGGUGAAGGUGGAUGCUCCUGCGAACCGCAAGUACAGUGUGUGGGUAGGUGGUUCUGUGUUGGCAUCUCUAAACACGUUCCAACACUUGUGGAUCACUGAAGAGGAGUAUCGCGAGUCCGGACCUUCCAUUGUUCACAGGAGGUGCGUCUGAAUUGUGUGGGGUGAUUGGAAAAAAAAUCUCCCAAGUUUCUGCGUGUGUGGGGCUCGCAAGUUUGCUAUCUUCAUGGCAACAUCUCUCUCCGUGCUUGGGGGUUCGGAUUUUGUGCAAAAGCAGUGCGGACCCCGUAUCCAUCCUCCUUUGCUGUCAUCUGCAGCGUUCGGCUUGUGAGUCUUGCGGACUAUCGCAUUCCCCCGAACACAACGCACCCUCAUCAUGGGCGUACGGGACCGGAAAGAUAGCUUGUAUACAUUCAUUAUCAGGGUGCGUUGGGCUCAGGGGAAGACGGUCGCACUCAGAAUCAGACUGGCUUGUGAGUCCCGGGGACUCGUAGCAGUCUUAUUCGGACUAGGAGCGUAGGAAGGGUGGGUCAGCAGAAGAGGUACCUUUUCCUUGUUGGCCUGUGGCUUUUCAUUAUCAUGAUGACCGAUUGACCUCUGUGGGUGUAGUAUUGCACUAGUACCCUAGAAUAGUAGUGGGUGUCGUACUCUUGCACGAAUAAUACCCUACAACAAUAAAGGCAUAGAGAGGACAUAUAACUGUCUACGUGACAGAUCUAUUCUUCUGGCUUGUCCGGUACUAUGUUCUUGAGCAGGAGCUGAAGCAUUUGCUAUGCAGCUCCUUCAGCUCUUGCAGAGACAUACGCUGGUCUGACGCAAAUAAUGACUUCAACAAGCGACAGCAUGGACUAUAGUCGCUACACCAUAGGUCACCUUUUUUUUUUUUUUUUUUUUUUUUUUUACCUACAGCACUGCUGUAAAUGGCUAAUAACUUAAUAAGCCAUAAUCAAAUGUAGUGAAAAAGAAAUCCAUUCGUGUUUUUUUUUUUUUUUUUUGGAAAGGGUAAUGGCCUUGAAUCCCUUGAUAUGUCAUCAUUGAAGUUGAUUUAACUGUACCGGGUCAUUAUCCCAGCUUAGUGCACAAUCUGUUCGGUGACAAACUUAGCAGCAAUGAUUACGUCCUGCUGAGUCUCCACCGACGGAAAGUGUUGGAGUUCGAUGUUUACAUCCAUUGUCAUGCUGUCAAAGAGCAGUUGAGGAUGCACCUCCACCCUUCCCCCAUCUCCUUUGCGGGAGGCACUGCAUGUUGAUGUCAGGUUUUCUUGUUCUUGUCCCACAGUGAUUGUUCUUCACCGUACCCUAAGGUGGAAUAGGUGACCACAUUCAUUCACACUGAGGUGCAAUAGGUCUUUUCUAACACUGCC